AUGAAUUCUAUGCCUUCCAAAAAUGAUCACGGAAUUUUGCACAUCGUACAUGGUAUCCAGUUCUGUAAUAUUCUAGGGGUUCUUGGUAUCUCAGCAUAUCGAAUGACGAACAAAACUCUCAUUACAACAAGAAGCGACACCAUGGCGAUGGGCGUUGCUGCCAAAGCUCUCGUCAUCAUGGCCUAUAUGAUUUGGACACAGAGAUGCCAGAAUCUUAAGAAAUGGUCCAGCAUCAAAGCUAGUUUCAUAUUGGCUUGUACAGAGAUCAUUUUCUGGGCCGCAGCAAUUGUACUUCCCAUAACGACCGUCGGACGUUGCCAUCCAGGUAUCGGGUGUAUCUUGUCUUAUAUUAUUAUAUCUUUAGCGGCAGUCAAUUGUGUUCUAGCGCUUCCAAUCGCCUUCAUUACAUGGCGUUAUUAUCGCUAUUACAAACAAUAUGGUGUUAUGCCAGGCAGUCGAGGACAGAUGGAACAAGUCAAUGAAGUUCGACUAGAAGAAGGGAGCGAUAGUCCUCAUAAACCGGUCUUUUUCCCACGCCCAAAGAUUCCGAGCCAGCUAAGAGACGCGUAUCCAUAA